AUGGAAGACACUCUCGUGACGGAACAAUUCUUCUCUAUCGCCCCUCCGACACCAACAAAGCUGGCAAACAGUUCGUUUCAAAUGCUAGUUGAAGAAUCUCAAAAUUCUUGGAAAACCCAAUCGGAAGGCGACAUCUUCGACAAAAUUGUGUUCCGAGACGAUGAGCUGUAUGAUUCCACUCAAGACAGUUUUCGAUACGGGCGAGUAACAACAGGUCCCAGCUACAAUUUGGUGACUGGAAAAAUGCCGGAGAAGAUAUUCGAAGAGGUGAAAACCAAGGAUGAGGAGAAUGACGAAGUCGAGGAUGCUGGAGAGUUGGAAGAGGUCUCAACGAUUACAGAGACAUUUCUAGAAAUGUACCAUGGGCAGAUGCCAAAAUAUUUCGAUUAUCGAUCCAAUUUUCCUGAAAUCCGAGGAAUCUGGACUCUCCUUUUCGAUCAAGAGCACUACGAGAUGAUGUCGACGUUCGAACUGCAAGCGGCGAUUUGUGCAGCCUUAAAUUCCAAGCAUUAUCUAAUGAUUUGUAUCGGUGUGGACGCCUACAACACUGUCACAGGUGUCGAGAUGUCUGCUGUCGAUAGAGUCACUUUUCGAAUGGCAUUGACUAGAGCGGUAGCUGGAGAGUUUCAACCGCCGCUUGUGAAGAUCGCUCCAAAACUUCUAACCGGAGUAUCUCCCAUGAAACGAGACGUCUCGGAGCUCACCACGAGUAUCGAUGUGCUAUUUGUUCCGGUUAUUGGAGAAAAAGAAGAAAAUCGGUUCCUAAUUGUGGUCAGAGUCAAGGAGCUAUCCGAAAGGUUCUAUCAAUUGUCGUCUGGAAGGAUUUAUAAAGAGCAGGAGGGAAGAGUCGUUGAAAUGGCGAGUUUGAAUGAUGCUUUCCAUUUGAUGCUCAAUGAGCAGUCCAUGUCAGAUAUGCAGGAGAGACGGGGUAGUAUGUUCAUGCGAGAACCGGAGCCCUUUGUUACUGAGGGAACUUCGAUUGUUAUGGAUGAGCUGAAACGUGUUGUUCAGAAGGAGGAAAAAGUUCAAAACAUUAACAAAAAAUCUCUCCUCCAAUCCCUGCUCUACUCUGUCGAUUUGGAGCACAUCGGAUGGAUUCUCUUCGGCUCCGCGCUAUCAAUCUGCUUCUAUAAGAACGCCAUUAAACCUCUUGUAAAAUAG